AAGGGGAGGAGAAAAAGGGGGUGGAUAAGAAGAAAAGAGAGGAGGGAUGAGGGGGCCCAGUUUCCAUCCCUCACCACAGGAAAUCUGUGUGCGGUUUAAAUGCAAGCCGGAGUCUCCUUUCACAGGCUGUUUGUGUGUAAGUGUGUGCAGAACCUACAGCAGCAUGGUCAGCCGAGUGGAGCAUCCUGCUGCAGGCUACAAGAAGAUCUUUGAGACGGUGGAGGAGCUGAAUGAGGCGAUACCUGCAGAGAUCACUGGUGACAUACCGUCAUGGCUGGGCGGCAGUCUUCUCAGGAUGGGUCCGGGUCUUUUCGAGGUGGGAGAUGAACCUUUCCACCAUCUGUUUGACGGACAGGCUCUCAUGCACAAGUUUGACCUGAAGGACGGUCAGGUGACGUACUUCAGGAGGUUCAUCAGGUCGGAUGCGUAUGUCCGUGCCAUGACAGAGAAAAGAAUAGUCAUCACUGAGUUUGGAACAGCAGCCUACCCGGACCCCUGCAAAAAUAUCUUCUCCAGAUUCUUUACUUACUGCAGAGGCAUUGAGGUGACUGAUAACUGCUUGGUGAACAUUUAUCCAAUCGGUGAAGACUUCUACGCCGUCACAGAGACCAAUUACAUCACCAAAGUUGAUCCUGAUUCGCUGGAGACUUUAAAGAAGGUGGACUUGUGUAAGUACCUCUCAGUGAAUGGAGUGACUGCCCACCCCCACAGAGACACAGAUGGGACAGUCUACAACAUCGGGAACUGCUUUGGCAAAAACAUGAGCCUGGCUUAUAAUAUCAUCAAGAUCCCACCUCCUCAGAAAGACAAGUCAGAUCAGUUUGACAAAUCCCAGGUCGUGGUUCAGCUACCCAGCAGCGAGAGGUUAAAACCCUCCUACGUACACAGUUUCGGUAUGACAGACAACCAUUUUGUGUUUGUGGAGCAGCCGGUGAAAAUCAACCUGUUCAAGUUCCUCUCGGCUUGGGGCCUUAGAGGAGCCACAUACAUGGACUGCUUUGAAUCCAACGAGACCAUGGGGACUUUGUUCCACGUGGCCACAAAGGACUCUGGAGGUUAUUUGAGCAGCCACAAGUUCAGAACGUCAGCGUUCAACAUCUUUCACCAUAUCAACACCUAUGAGGACGAGGGAUUCAUCGUCGUCGACGUAUGCGCGUGGAAAGGAUACGACUUUGUGUAUAACUACCUGUACAUGGCCAACAUAAAGCAGGAGUGGGAGGAGGUGAAGAAAGCAGCGAUGAGAGCGCCUCAACCUGAGGUCAGGCGAUACGUGCUGCCACUGGAUAUACACAGGGAAGAGCAGGGAAAGAAUCUGGUCUCUCUGUCCUACACCACAGCAACUGCUGUUCUCAACAGUGAUGGCACCAUUUGGCUUGAACCUGAAGUCCUCUUUUCUGCACCAAGACAGGCCUUUGAGUUUCCACAGAUUAACUACUCUCGCUGUUGUGGGAAGAAGUACUCCUUCGCUUACGGCCUGGGACUCAACCACUUCAUCCCUGACAGGAUUGUGAAGCUGAACGUACAGACCAAAGAGACCUGGGUGUGGCAGGAGGAAGAGUGUUACCCGUCAGAGCCGGUGUUUGUGCCAACGCCUGGAGCUACAGAAGAGGAUGAUGGCGUCCUGCUGAGUGUCGUGGUGAAGCCGGGCGCAGAGAGGCCGGGCUUCCUGCUGGUGCUGGAUGCCAUGAAACUGACAGAGCUGGCAAGGGCAGAGGUCAGCACCAUCAUCCCUGUGACCCUCCACGGCAUGUACAAACCAUGACACAUCAUAAAAUACGCCGCGUCACUCUCCUGGCCAGAGCUGCUGCUGCUCUGAUCCUGAUCUGAACCAAGCAUGCUCAUAACAACGACUCAGCAAAAGUCAUUUGACUCAGACAGUCACAGUAAGUUGGAUGAAGAUGAUUUACAUACAUUUUACCAUGGUACACUUAUCAUGUGACUAAAUAUCAUGUUAUUAAUGUUAUUUACCGCCUGCUUGGGUUCAAACUUGCUGCUUAUAAUGUGAAAAUGUGUCUUCUUGCAUGAAGAGAGUUGAACAGUAUCUUGUGUGUGUGUGUGUACAGAGAAAUAACCUGAGUUUACUUUGCUUUUGUUGGAAAUGUUUGAUUUUAUAAU